UGCGAAACCAAGAGUCUAUUUAAGCGCAGGUAGCAUGGUGGCGCCGCUGGGCGUCACGCUCUCGUUCUUGGACGAUUUCAUCGAGUCGCACGGCGGGUUUGACGUCUUUGCGACGCUAACGACGCGCGACGUCAACUUGCAGUUUCUCCAGCCGCUCACGGCCUCGUCGCAGCUCUCACUCGUGGACCAGCUCACGGUAGCCCAUGCGGACGUCCUCCCCGCGCGCUACUACGUCUCGCACGCGUGGCCGUACCUCUUUGUCGACGUCGUCGAGAGCCUCCACGUCUUCUUCAGCGACAAGCCAAGCGCCGACGCGGUCGUGUGGCUCGACCUCUUUUGCAACUCACAGCACGCCAACACGGACUUUGCGAGCCUGACGCGGAUCAUUUCGUCUGCGAUUGGCGCGAUCCAGCGCGUCGUCAUGGUACUGCUGCCGUGGGACCGGCCGAUUCCGCUCACGCGCGCGUGGUGCGUCUACGAAGUGUACGUGGCCGUCGCAUCGCGCAGCCACUUUGACGUGGCCAUGACGGAGGCCGAGACCAACCGGUUCACUGCGCACGCGAGCGUCGAGUCGUUCUUUGACAUGCUCGGGCACGUCAAGAGCGAAGCGUCCGAGUCGUACGACCCUAGCGACAAGGCGCAGAUCGUCGCCACGAUUCACAGUACGAUCGGCUUUCGAGACAUGGACACAAUGGUGUUUCGCGUGUUUGAAAACUGGAUGACAAGCACGCUCUUGGCCAAAGUGGACGCGACGCCGCAGACGCUCGGGCGGUCGAAUUGGCGCUUCAAGCUUGGCUCGUUGUACCACGUGCAAGGCAAGUACGACCUCGCCGAAGCUGCGUUUGACGCGUGCGUGUCUGCGCGCCUCACGCUGCUCGGCGGCGACCACCCGGAAACGCUGUCGGCCCAAGCACAUCUCGCGCGCACGUACAAGGCCCAAGGCAAGUACGCCAUCGCGGCGACGCUCUUACGGCAGUGCCACGACGUGAGUAAGCGCACGGGGCAGGAAGAAUCGCCAACAGCACUUCUCGUGCUCGACACGCUCGCGGCGACACACCAGUGCCUCGGGCAGUACGGCGAUGCGGAAGCGCUUUUUGAAUCGUGCUUGACCAAUCGGAGGCGGACGCUCGGGGAUGCCCACCAAAGCACGAUGGUCACGAUGGGCAACCUCGCGAGCUUGUACCAAGCCCAAGGCAAGUAUGAGCUCGCGGCGCCGCUCUACGAGCGCUGCUUGGCAGCGAGCAUCGCCAGCGUCGGCCACGACAACCCCAACACGCUGAUACUGAGAAACAACGUGGCAGUCAACAAGAGCGCGCUGCAUGACUAUGCGUCGGCCGAGGUUUUGUACGCACAGUGCCUUAGCGACAGCGAGCGCAUCCUUGGGCCCGACCACCCGAGUACACUGGCCACGAUGAACAACCUUGCGGCUACGUAUUACCACCAGCGAAAGUUGGAGGUGGCCGAGACGCUGUAUACGCAGUGCCUUGGCGCCUGCCAGCGCGUGCUGGGCGACACACAUCCCCAGACACUCUCGGCCAUGAACAACCUCGCCGCACUUCUCAAAGACGCUGCCAAGUUGGACGACGCCGAGAAGCUCUACUUGAAGUGUGUGGCCGCCAACACCAACGUGAUGGGGGCUUGCCAUCCUCAGACGCUCACGUCCAUGAGCAACCUUGCCAUUCUGUAUGAUCGCCAGGGAAAGCUCGUCGAGGCCACGUCGCUUCUCGUGCCGUGUUUGGCACGCCGCCGCGAUGUGCUGCCACCCGACCAUCCGAGCCUCAUCCACACGAUACGGGAGCUCGGAUGGCUCUUUGAAAAGCAAAAGGACUUUGCCGCUGCCCAGCCUCUUCUUGCCGAGUAUGUCGAGCUUCAGGGCCGCCGCGUCGGGUCGCCCACCAACGACGUCCUCCAGCGCAAGUGCAGCCUUGCCGAGUGCUAUACGCAGACCAAAAACUUGCCAGCUGCCGAGAUGAUGCUGCUCGAGUGCGUGGCGGGCGCCAAAUGCAUGCACGGGGAGGCGGCCCCCGAAACCCUCAAGAUCGUUGCGCAGCUCGAGGACUUUUAUGUGACCAAUCUCGCGAGUGCCAUCACGGCCAAGGACUGGACAUUUAUCGCUCACUAUCGCCAGGCGCUCGAAAGCUUUGGGAAAACCAACGUCCUCAGCGACGCGACCAAGCACCAGAUCGAGAGCUCCAAGCACUUGAUGCCUGUGGGGACGCCGCGCAAGGUCAUCAAAUCCCUGAUAGUGUCGCCCCGCGCCGAAGCUCUACAAGAAAAACCCUAGUCCUCGUCAAUAUAUGCGUUCCAUCUCGCGAUA